AUGAGCACUAAAAGACUACUUUUUACGGCUGAUUUCCAUGCAAUCCCACCUAUUAUCCGAAACUCCCUUCAAUGGGCCCACAACUCCACCACCCAAUCGAACACACCUUUCUUGCCAAAGAGUCCUUCCAUAUUUGCCACAAACCUCAUCAAAUCGUACUCUGAAAGGGGCUUGAUAAAAGAGGCGCGGAUACUGUUCGAUGAAAUGCCUGAGAAAGAUGUGGUUGCAUGGACUGCCGUGAUUGCAGGGUACACGUCUUGCAACCACUAUAGCCAUGCAUGGGCUAUGUUCUGUGAGAUGGUAAGGAAUGGAGUGGAGCCAAGUGCUUUAACUUUGUCCAGUGCUUUGAAGGGUUGUAAGAGCAUGAGGGCUCUUUCAUAUGGGGCAUUGGUCCAUGGCUUGGCCAUCAAGCAUGGCAUGAAGGAGUCUAUGUAUGUAAAUAAUGCACUCAUGGAUAUGUAUGCUACGUGUGCUACGUGUUGUGUUAGCAUGGACGAGGCAUGCAUGGUCUUUCAGGAGAUAAAUGCAAAGAAUGCUGUUUCAUGGACUACUUUGAUCACUGGUUACACUCAUAGAGGUGAUGGCUAUGGUGGGCUUCGAGUUUUCUGGCAAAUGUUGCUGGAAGCAGAACUCAAUCCAUUUAGCUUUUCCAUUUUUGUUAGAGUCUGCACCUCAAUUGGCUCAUACACUUUGGGCAAGCUAAUACAUGCUGCAGUGAUUUCACAUGGGUUUGAAACCAAUCUUCCUGUCAUGAAUUCUAUACUAGACAUGUAUUGUAGUUGUGGUGGUUUAUCGGAGGAAAAUCAGUAUUUCCAUGAAAUGAAUGAGAAAGAUUUAAUUAGAUGGAAUACCUUGAUAACUGGUUAUGAAAGAUUGGACUCUACUGAGUCUUUACAUAUAUUUUCACAAAUGGAGUCAGAAGGUUUUGGUCCAAAUUGCUUCACAUUUACCAGUGUUACAGCUGCCUGUGCAAAUUUAGCAGUAUUGAAUUGCGGACAACAGGUUCAUGGAGGAAUUGUUCGCAGAGGCCUUGACGAGAACUUGGCAUUGGUUAAUGCACUUAUUGACAUGUAUGCCAAGUGUGGGAGCAUAAGUGAUUCACGAAAAGUUUUUAGUGAAAUAACUUGCAGAGAUUUGGUCUCUUGGACUACUAUGAUGAUUGGAUAUGGGGCUCAUGGAUAUGGAAAAGAGGCUGUUGAAUUGUUUGAUGAGGUGAUCUGGUCUGGUAUUAGACCUGAUAAGAUUGUGUAUAUGGCAGUUCUGAGUGCUUGCAGCCAUGCUGGACUUGUAGAUGAAGGUUUGAGGUAUUUCAAUUCGGACAUAAACCAUGCCUCGGUGGCUCCCAACCUUGGUUUGGUAAUUGCACAAGUUGAUACUAGCCAAGAGAUCGAGGAAAAAGGCAUGGAUCUGAAGCCAAGGUCUGGUUUCAGGGGCUUCUUGUCUAACAGAAAUAAGGGGCAGUCUUCCAGGGAUGCCCCAAAGGAAUAG